CGAGGCCAACCAUAAGAAAAGCAGAUGUACUGUUAUAUCGUCGAAAUUUUAAUUUGAUGACGUUAAAUAUUGUCCUGAAAAAACUAGGUUGCUCUGAAAGAUUCGGAAAAGCAUUGUUCUCGUUAUUUUUUUUUUCUAAAUCGCAAACCCUAAUAAUAACGACCCCGGAAAUGAGGCUAACCGGAAGUUAACAUUAGUUUCUGCGUCUUUGUGCCACGUCAGGUUUAGGCUUGAACAAUUUGUGGUUUCUGUAAUAUUGCGUAGGUUUGACACAGAGUUAUAGCCGCUAAAGCAAAGCUACAGUAAAGGGCUUUCGGUGGGAAUCAGUCCCAAUCCUAAAUAAUCACCAUGUCGAACGAUAUUGGCGAUUGGUACCGCGGGAUACCGCAGAUGACACGGUACUGGUUCUCCGGCUCUGUUGUUCUUCCGCUCCUGGCUAAGUUUGGACUUUUAAAUCCCAUGUACCUAAUUCUCAAUUUUCAUUUUGUUGUCUACAAUUUCCAGAUAUGGAGACCAAUAACAUCGUUAUUUUACUAUCCUAUAAUGCCACAGACAGGGUUUCAUUAUCUUAUCAAUUUGUACUUUCUCUAUAACUACUCAGUAAGACUUGAAACAGGAAUAUUUGAUGGGAAACCAGCUGAUUAUUUAUUUAUGCUUCUUUUCAACUGGAUCUGUCUUGUCAUAAUAGGCUUUAUUGCCCCUUUGAUGAUUCUAAUGGAUCCGAUGAUUCUGAGUGUGCUGUAUGUAUGGUGUCAACUCAACAGAGAUAUGAUUGUACAGUUCUGGUUUGGUACGCAGUUUAAAGCCAUGUACUUGCCAUGGGUGUUGGUGGCUUUUAAUAUGAUUAUUAGAGGAGCAGGAGUGAGUGAAUUGAUUGGUAUCGUGGUUGGUCACUUGUAUUUCUUUUUGAUGUUCAAGUACCCACAAGAUUUUGGCGGAAGAACUUUUCUAAGUACUCCACAAAUUUUAUACAAGUACUUCCCAAACCGCCGUGGUGGUGUCUCUGGAUUUGGCAUGGCACCGUCGAGUCGAAGGCGUCCUGAUGAUGACAAUGGUGGUGGUGGCGGCGGGGGACGCCAUAACUGGGGUCAAGGCAAUGCCCUUGGUGGAAUGUAGUACAGUCUGUAAUUGACUUAUAAAAGUCAUGGAAAUUCACAAUAUUUUGUAGCUAUUCACUGGGAACCUAAAACCCAGUCAGUGACUUUUCAUGUAUGCGUGUGAAAGCAAAAGAAAGGACGGACUGAUUUAAAAUGUAUUUUUCAAUUUAUUUGUUCUUUGUACAUUUUGUGAAGUCAUCAACUCACAUUAUGUAAAAUCUGCUAAAUUAAAUCUUUCUGUAAAAUUACAAUAGAACUCGUUUUAGUGAAAGAUUCAGAAUAUCAAAAUAGUGAAAUUGAAUUGUUUUUUCACAGUUGAAAGGUAGUUGACUUGUAACAAGUUUGAGUCAUUUGAAUUCAGCAGUGUGACACAAGAUUUAAUGCCUGCUUUGCUUGGUUCGUUAACUACCGGUACUUGUUAAGAAUAGUAAUAUUUUUCUAAAUGGAUGCAAUAAAGAGGAGUGUGAGGG